CGACAACAAAGUCUGUCUGUCUGUCUCACAUACACUCGUAGGAUGUAAACAAAACACUAGAGCGUCUGGCAGGGUUCGCCCUUAGCAGCCAGAAUAUGAAGUACUUGUUUUAAUAUGGACUGUGAACACUGAGGUCACACAUUCUGGAACACAGGGCAAGGGGACUGUAGAGUUAUAGUUGCAGCCCGCAGCCGAGUGAUUCCAGCAGUCGGAGGAGCAGAGGGCGACCUGCCGUGAUGGGAGGGGAGCAGCUCUCUACUAGGCACGUCAUCUGCAUGGUGUCUGAUUUCUUUUACCCAAAUGUCGGAGGUGUGGAAGAGCACAUCUUUCAGCUAUCCCAGUGUCUACUGGCGCGUGGCCACAAGGUGAUUGUGCUCACUCACGUAUAUGGAGACAGGAAAGGCAUUCGUUACAUGACUAAUGGAUUGAAGGUAUACUAUCUUCCAAUCCAGACAUUUUACAAUCAGUCUGUUCUUCCAACUUUCAUCACCUCAAUUCCACUUUUGCGCAAUGUUUUCCUGAGAGAAAGAGUGACCAUUGUGCAUGGUCACUCAGCAUUUUCUACAAUGGCCCAUGAGGCCAUGAACUUGGCCAGAGCAAUGGGACUCAAGAGUGUAUUUACAGACCACUCCUUGUUUGGGUUUGCCGACAUGUCAGCCAUUGUAACCAACAACUUUUUGGCACUUUCUCUGGCUGAUGUCAAUCAUUGCAUCUGUGUUUCCUAUGUAGGGAAGGAAAAUACAGUUCUGCGAGCCAAUGUAGAACAAGAGAAGGUGUCUGUCAUUCCAAAUGCACUGGAUUCUCAGGUGUUCAGGCCAGAUGUGACCAAGAGACCAACAGAUAAACUCAAUAUCAUUGUGAUGAGCCGCCUUCAGUAUCGCAAAGGUGUUGACCUCCAGCCUGACAUUAUUAGAUACAUCUGCCAACAUUAUCCUUAUGUGAACUUCAUAAUCGGAGGUGACGGGCCGAAGCGCAGUCUGCUGGAGGAAGUGCGGGAUGAGGUGGGGGAUGAGCGGCUGUCGCUGCUGGGUGCUGUGCCUCAUGGCCAGGUCCACAGUGUGCUGGUGAAGGGACACAUCUUCCUCAACACCUCCCUUACUGAAGCCUUCUGUAUUGCUAUUUGUGAAGCUGUUUGUUCAGGGCUCCAGGUGGUCAGCACCAAUGUGGGAGGCAUUCCUGAAGUACUGCCAGCUCACCUGAUUCAUCUUGCUCACCCCAAUGUUAAGAGUCUGACAGAGAAGUUGGAGCUGGCUAUCAGACUGGAAGAGACGGGACAGCGUGUCGGGCCAUGGGAGAUGCACCAGGAGGUCAAGAACACCUACUUGUGGUCUGAUGUGAUGCGGCGGACUGAAUUAGUCUACAGCAAAGUCCACCAGGAGGAAUCCAGUGCUGACCUGGUUCACCGCAUUCCAAGGUACAAGAAGUGUGGGCUGGUGGCCGGCUGGUUCAUGAUGUUCCUGGUAACGCUGCAGUUUCUUCUUCUAAAAAUAUGUGACAGACUUUGGCCUGUAGAGGAUAUUGAUGUGGUGCCAAAUUUUCCAAGGAUUGCAAGAGAGAAGUAUAAAUUGGAAGAAGAAAUUUUGAGUGGUAGAAGCAGUAAACCAUUGUUACCAAGUGAUGGAGAUAGCCAAAAAAUUAGAUCAUCACAACCAUUUAAAUUAAAGGUAUCCUGAUGAUUGGAUAAUGUGUAUACCCUUGAAUGUUUUAUACUAUUUACAUUAAUCAUGGCAUGUGAAAUAUCUUUUGGAAUUAACAGGUCCAUGGUGAAUCUACCUGUUUGUACCUGACAGAUUCUUCUUAAAAGAAGAUUAAAUGAGAGAAGUAAUGACAUCAUGCCUUGUCUCCUAGGAAUCAAAACAGAUUGGAUCCUUAGUUCUCGCUUCCCAUCCCUCCUACUCCCUUCUUAUCACAGCUCAUAGGUAAUAUAUAGACAGCCAUAUUUUUUUUUAACCCAUCUACAGGAUGAGUAGCCAGGUCAUGCAUUCCCCAUUAACCUUUGAAAUUUGAAUGUUGAUUUGUUUGACCAAAGACUGAAAAUGAGAUUGAUAGCUGGGAAGUGAAAAGGUUGAGUGAUUGUAUCUAGUGCCAAAGACAUUUUCAUUUUAAUAUUUGUUUCUGGUGCCAAAGACAUUUACUUUUAAAUGUACAUAUAACUGUGAUCACAUUUGUUCAUUUACCAUAUAUUCAUACAUGACAAAACCUUUGCUAGGAGAAGAAAGGAACCAUGUCUGAACAGUCUUGCAUGUGGCAGUGGCCCCCUUCCCUGACAACAUCUAGAAUGUCAUACUGGAACAUCUUAAAGUCCAGGCUAUAAUGGUGGUACACUCGGGCAAUGAGAUCUGGACUUAGACCCUGGUAGUAAUGGUUGAUGGUGCUGCCACUGGUGCUGUUCUGACUUGACCGAUUGAUCCACGGCACUGGCUCCUUUAACCUCAUGUGGUGCCAAAUGUACUGGAAGAAAAAACAUUUAUCUACUUAUAUUCCAUAUCAUACCAUUGCCAUUACUGUCACCACCACUACCAUGAUAGUAUUAAUGUCAACUUUACUAACACAGUAAGGUUUCCUUGGCAGAAUUUCUAACACUCAUAUUGUCAUGUAAUAGUAAACAUCAGGAUAUUCUCAUUAAGUAUGGCACAUCCUGUAAUGAAGUAUAGGUAUAUGAAAUGAUUGAUAACUGCUAGCAGUUCCCUUAUCAUUGCAGAUCACUUGCCAUUGGCUCUUGAUAUUGUACUGUGGAUGAUGCUACUGUACAUUGUGCUGUGAAUGACAAUACUGUACUGCUAAUUUUGUAUCUGACAGUGCUUUCUGUUGAUUCUAAAGGUAAUUAAGAAUGUUGCUGCCAAUAAGAUGUCUGAUGGAAAAUUUACUACCACGAAGUGGAUCUUAUUCAUUAUUACCACCAUCCUCCUCCUUAUUUUCUUCAUAGUCACUGUCAAUUACCACUAUUCUCAAAGACCAUUAAUAUGUGCUGGCCUUGUUCACCAAAUGAUGGCUUGAUCCUCAAAUUGCAAUUUCUGGGUUUCUUUAUACAUUUUGACUUCUUUGGAUUACAGAAAAGACUCACUAUUAUGAUACAAAUGGAAAUCUUGAUAUAGUAGAGGGACAUCAUUGUAACUUGAAAUAGAACUUCUUUCCUAUACUUCCAUCAUCAUAAAUUGGAUUUGGAAUUUUAGUUAUAGAGAUAUGGUGAAUAUAUUAUUUCAAUGCUUUCAUAGAUAAAAUAAUUAAAUGCAAUCUUAUUAUUAAUGGAGUAAAGUUAAUACAUUAUUAGAUUGAUGUAUGAGUUAGCUUCUAGCAACAAAAUAUCGGGAUGGCCCACCAGACUGUGUGCAACCAACUCUUGCACUGAAAAGGGAUGGUUGAGGAAUGCAUGUUAAGAUCAUGUAAUAUUAGUAUUUUGGUGAUAAUUAAGGAAGUUGGUUGACUAAUUUUUUUUCCUUUUCUUCUGGCUGAAUAACCAAAUGUUAUGUGUUUUGAGCUAUAAAUCUACCACCAACUCUUGAAAAUACUUUGUACUGCGCUAAAAGCUUGAAAAAAACAUAGUUCACAAAGCAAUCAUUAAAGGAUAUAUUCAGAAGUCACUCCCAGCUGAUUUGCUAACAAGUUCUAAACAUUAUUCAAGGUAGAUCAAAGUUAUAUGUUAAUCAGAACUACUAAAUAGCAGUACCUAAGUACCUACUGUAUGAAGACAAGAUUAAUCUAACUGCAGACUAUACUAUCCUUGUAAUGUUAUUGUUACAUGCUGGCUACUGCUAACAUAUUUAAGACUCCCAUGAAAGAUUAUUUGGAAUUAUACUUGUAAGUGAAUAAAACAAAAUCAAUAUCAGGAAACAUCAAUAAACAGUUUUACAAACCUUGA